UUUCCAUUAACUUGAGAUUACUCACUAUUUCUUUUUCCUCUUAUUUUCCCUUCAUAAUUUAUUCUACCGGCAGUAAAAGUAAGCAUGCCAUCAGAAUCCGGCAAAGUUGUUUGUGUCACCGGCGCCGGAGGUUUCAUUGCCUCUUGGCUCGUUAAACUCCUUCUAGAAAAAGGCUACACUGUCAGAGGAACCGUUCGAAACCCUGAUGACUCCAAAAAUGGUCACUUGAAAGAACUUGAAGGUGCAAAGGAGAGACUGAUUCUGUUGAGAGCUGAUCUUCUAGACUAUCAGAGUUUGAGAGAAGCAAUUUAUGGCUGUGACGGAGUUUUCCACACCGCCUCCCCUGUCACUGAUGAUCCAGAACAAAUGGUGGAGCCAGCAGUUAUUGGGACCAAGAAUGUGAUAACAGCAGCAGCAGAAACCAAAGUUCGAAGAGUUGUGUUUACUUCUUCAAUUGGUACAGUAUACAUGGACCCCAACCGGGCCCCUGAUAAAGUUGUGGACGAGACUUGCUGGAGUGAUCUUGACUACUGCAAGAAUACUAAGAAUUGGUACUGCUAUGGGAAGACAGUGGCGGAAAAGACAGCGCGGGAUGAGGCAAGGGAAAAGGGAGUGGAUUUGGUUGUGAUUAAUCCAGUUUUGGUGCUUGGACCACUGCUUCAACCAACAGUGAAUGCCAGUGUUCUUCACAUACUCAAGUACCUAACUGGAUCUGCUAAAACAUAUGCCAAUUCAAUUCAGGCGUAUGUUCAUGUUAAGGAUGUGGCACUAGCCCACAUACUUCUCUACGAAGCUCCUUCUGCAUCUGGCCGCUAUAUCUGCGCGGAGAGCGUGCUUCAUCGCGGUGACGUGGUUGAAAUUCUCGCCAAAUUCUUCCCGGAGUAUCCAAUCCCCACCAAGUGUUCGGAUGAAACGAGGCCAAGGGCAAAACCGUACAUAUUCACGAACCAAAAGCUAAAGGACUUGGGUUUGGAGUUUACUCCAGUAAAACAGUGCUUAUAUGAGACAGUGAAGAGUCUGCAGGAGAAGGGUCACCUUCCAAUUCCUACUCAAAAUGAUGAACCUAUUAAAAUUCACUCUUAAUUAUAAUUAAUUAGCUCUUAAUUAACUGCUAUUAAGGGACGAUUAUUAAUGUUAAAAGGCUUCCCUCUUUUUUGUACCAAAUUAAAAUAAAGAAAGAGCUACUGCGUGUGCUUAUGAAAUGUUUGUAGUGUUCCUAAUUUUGUGUUUCAAAAAAAGUGUUACUUAGAAAGAAAAAAAAAUCCCAAUAUAUAUUCUCAUA